AUGUCUUUCAGCAACCCCGCAUUUAGUGUUUCAAAGUCAAGUCCCACUACUUCGGCCUCAACAGGUACCCUUGCAGAUAGUGAAGCUUUGGGGCAAAUCCAAACCUCCAAGAAGAAAGAGCAUCAAUCAAAACCCACCUCGCCAUUAAAGAGCCGCGCGGCUUUGACGUCGUUUAAAGGUAAUGAUGCUAAUGCAAUGCAAACAAGCAUUUCCACCAACACAAAUGCUAAAGAAAAGGAUAAGACUCAAACCCUGACCGAUACAAAGAUUGCGACCAAUACCAAACAAACAAAUACAAAUACAAAUACAAAUACAAAUACAAAUACAAAUACAAAUACAAAUACAGAGACCAAGACCAAGACCCAGACCAAGACCCAGACCAGUACCGAUACCUCUGCAUCUGCAUCUGACAUUGAAAAUAAGUCGUCGCCUGUGCCGUUGUCUUUUUUGCGAGAUGGUAAGAACGAGUCAACAGCUCAAGAUAGGAAUCCAGCAACUCCUUCGAGCUCCGCUUCGGGAUUAACAUUGAGCCCCACAAUUGCAGCACCUGCAAUUGUUACAUUGAACAACGAAACAAGCAAGCAAAGUACAAACUCAAACAAAACUAAUCUAAUUGGACUAUUCGACAAGUUUGAUCUUCAUUCAAACUCUGAGACACACGCAGAUGAAGAAGCUACUGUGGAGUCCACUUUUGAGCCGAACUUGAACGAAAAAUCUGAGCUUUCUGAUGAUGAAUUGAAAUUAGAAAAGAUGGACCUGGGUCCAAACCUGUUGCUGGGUCUGGCUACCAAAGACGGGCUGUCAUCGUAUCCUGUAGCUGCAAAACUUGAAAAUUAUGAAGGCAAAGAAGAUGUAAUGAACGAAGAGGAAAAAAGCGGUGAUUGCAAAGGAGGUGGUAAGGGAGAUGACAAAGGAGAAAAAAGUGGAGAAAAACGAGUUGAAACCAUUGAGAAAGUAAACAUCACUGCUCACUUGAUGAUGACUAUGCAACCAUACUUUCCACCCAAGGAUAGCGUAGAAGAUGAAGGUAGUCAUGGAGAGCCAAAAGUUGACAAUCCGAUAACAGACAAGGUUCCGAUUAACAAAGCAAAAACUGAUACAAAUGAAUCCAAUGACAACAAAGCACAAUUAGAAGCCGACCUGCACUCCCAAGAGACUCUGAAAAAGGAUACAAUUGGAAAUAAGGUGGAGGAGGAUAAAAAAGAAAUGAGAUCUAUCAAUGUGCCGACAACUGAAUCGGAAAGACAUGCUGGCUCUGAUACAUCCACAACUCACUUGAAUAAAGAAGAUAAAUUGUCGACAAGUUCUCAAAAUACCCAAGAAGAUUUUCCAAAAUUGGCGACUCUGGGUCCACAAGCGCGAAAGCAAGAUUUGAUUGAGUUGGAUGGAACUGAAGCGGAUCGUACUGGUAAUGAGGAUAUUGAGAUAAAUCCAUUGGAAAAACCUUCGAUUGAAUCUUUGGAAAAGCACAUCCUGGUUGAGAAUCAAGAGGAUGGCAAAAAUCAGCCCAAAAGUGCAAUUCAUAUUAAUAAUAAUGUUAAUCCAAAUGAACAGCAUCAGCAAUCCCACAAGUCGUUUGAUUUUCAAACUUUUUUAACUCAAUUGAGGAAAAAAUCUGCCGAUCCGUUGGUUAGGUAUAUUCGAUCGUUUUUGGGCUCGUACAUUAAACAGGGUGCAACAUUUACUGCUGAUCAAAGAGUCACUGUUAUUGCCGACUUUAAAGCAUUUAUAUAUGAGAAAUUCAAGUUGUACGAACCAUUUAAAUCUAUGGAUACUAUUGACUUGGAAAAUUCGCGAGAAGGGUUGGAAAAACUAGUCAUGAAUCGUUUACAUGAUAUAUGUUUUCCUCCAGAAGUUUUAAAACAUUCAUUUCAUCAGGAAAUCCCCGAGGCAUACAAGAAUGAUUUAUUAGAUGACAAAAAGUUUGCUCUUCAGUUGGAAAAGUUCAGUUGGCUUAACGCAUCCCAUUUUGAUAUAGACAUGACUCAAUUGAGCACUCUCAGGCUCAAGGAGGGCCAAAAUUUUCUUGAUUAUGCCAUUCAAGAAUUGAACAAGAUCAACAAAUACCGUGCACCAAGAGACAAAAUUAUUUGCAUUUUAAAUUCAUGCAAGAUUAUUUUUAGCUACUUGAAACUCAGCAAAAUGGAGACCAACGCUGAUGCGUUUGUGCCAUUGCUUAUUUUGGUCAUAUUAAAGGCCAAGACAGAUCAUUUGAUCAGUAACAUUCAUUACAUUGAAAACUUUCGUGGAGAGGAAUGGCUUUUGCAUGGAGAGACCAGCUACUAUCUUUCUUCUGUACAAGGUGCAAUCAAUUUCAUCAAUAAUAUCAGCAUAGAUGAGAUUACAAUUUCACAAGAGGAAUAUGAUGCGCAUAUGGAGGCAUGGGAAGCACAGAGAAAACAGAUUGAGAAACGCGAAGAAGAACUUGAAUGGGCAAGGCAAGAAGAACUUCGAGCAUUGGUUGAGCAGGAAGAAAAAGAAGAAGCUGAAGCUGAAGCUGAAAUUCAACGACAACAUUCGGCACCACCGCCUCCUCUUACAUCAAAGUUAAAUCCAAGGACCCAGAACCGCGAAAGAAGCUAUAGUUUGCCUAAAUCUAGAGAAAGAAGUCUUAGCCAACCAAAACCUCGUCAUCCUCUUCCACGCAGUGAAUCGCUUCAGCGUCUUCAGCAGUCUGAAGAGUCUUUGGGUUUUGGCAAUGGGCUUUCUCCAUCGCGUGUGUUGUUGUCGAGCGCGGAGAUGUUUUCGAGAUCCAUUUCGAAUUUCUUAUCUCCUCUGCCGAAUGAGGCAGAGCACCCAGGAGCCCAUUCAAACGAACCAUCCUCUUCUUCGCAUCCUCCAGCUGCAACUUCGUCUACUUCUUCAUCCCCGCGUCGUCGUGCGAAAACGAUGGUUUCACCUCCACCACCAGCAUUGCCUCCAAGAAACAAUCUGCAUACAUCUAUCCUGCAGGAGGAAACUUUUUCCACUGAAGCUGUUUAUCAACCACCAGCGCCUGCACAAGAAGAGGUGAAUUCAGAGCAGAUGAAAAAAGCAUAUGAUAUCCUUCGGGAGGUGUUUCCUACAUUGGACACACAUAUCUUGAAAGAUGUAAUUUUCAUCAAUAAGGGAGAUGUAGAUGUGUGUAUAGAUGCCUGUCUUCCUCUAGUUGAUGGGUAG